UAUUUAAAGACAAGCUAGACACAUUCCUUUCUUCCAUGUAAUUGUCUUCACCACUACUUGUGUUUUUGUGCACUUACUAUUACUUUUCUCUCUCUUUUCCCCUUUUUUCUUUAAAAUUUCACUCCAUAGCAACACUCUUCUAGAUUUGUCCAUUAUAUAUAAUUUUGUCUCUAAUUAGUUCAUCAACAAACAUAAUAUAGAGUAGUAAAAGUAUUUGAAAGAUGUCUAGCAGAAGGUCAAGAUCAUCAAGACAUUCUGGAGGAUCAAGGAUAAGUGAGGAUCAAAUCAAUGAUCUUGUUUCCAAGUUGCAACAACUUCUUCCUGAGCUCAGGAAUAGGUCCUCUGACAAGGUUUCAGCAAGUAGGGUGUUGCAAGAUACAUGCAAUUACAUAAAAAGCUUGCAUAGAGAAGUUGAUGAUUUGAGUGAUAGAUUAUCAGAACUAUUGGAAUCAUCAGACACUACCCAAGCAGCUCUAAUUAGAAGCCUACUUAUGCAAUAGUCUUUAAUCUUGUACUUUUUUUUUCUUUUAUUUCUUUCCUACUUGAUUCAGCAGUUACCAUUUUUUGUUUUUUUGGGUUUUCCUUAAUUUAGACUUUCCAUUUAAUUAUUGACUGCUAGAAAAGAGAGUUUUCGCUGAUGUUUUCGAUUUGAUCUUACCUUUAAUUUAAAGCUUUUCG